CUCCCAUAUUCACGCAGCAGUAUAAAACUGGUGCGGAGCAACUCUCUGCACGUUUCCAGCCAAAAGAGGGGUUCACGCUUGUGCUUAGUUCUGCAACUGACACUGGGAAACAGAGAUGGCACCUGUCAAGAAGGGUAUCCUUGAGCGUCUGAAUGCUGGGGAGGUGGUGAUUGGCGAUGGAGGCUUCGUGUUUGCACUGGAGAAGAGGGGAUAUGUGAAGGCCGGGCCCUGGACACCUGAAGCCACUGUCACUCAUCCCGAAGCGGUGCGACAGCUGCACAGGGAGUUCCUGAGGGCAGGAUCGAAUGUCAUGCAGGCAUUCACGUUCUAUGCCAGUGAUGACAAACUGGAGAACAGGGGGCAGACACUCAGUAUCACUGGAGUCAAAGUCAAUGAGGCCGCCUGUGACCUGGCGAGGGAGGUAGCCAAUGAGGGCGAUGCUCUGGUUGCUGGCGGGGUGUGUCAGACUCCGUCCUACCUGAGCUGCAAGAGUGAGAAAGAAGUGAAGGCGAUCUUCAAGAAACAGCUGGAAGUGUUCAUAAAGAAGAAUGUGGACUUCCUUAUUGCUGAGUACUUUGAGCAUGUUGAGGAGGCGGAGUGGGCCGUGCAGGUGCUGAAGACCAGUGGGAAGCCUGUAGCUGCUUCUAUGUGCAUCGGGCCAGAGGGAGACAUGCACGGCGUCUCACCCGGAGAGUGUGCCGUCAGGCUGGUGAAGGCUGGUGCCCAGAUUGUUGGCGUCAACUGCCACUUUGACCCCAUGACCUGUGUGAAGACUGUGAAGAUGAUGAAGGAGGGAGUGGAGAAGGCCGGGCUGAAGGCUCACUACAUGUCGCAGCCACUUGCCUUCCACACUCCCGACUGCAACUGUCAGGGAUUCAUCGACCUACCGGAAUUCCCCUUUGCCCUGGAGCCCAGGAUCCUGACUCGCUGGGACAUGCACAAGUAUGCCAGAGAAGCCUACACGAUUGGCAUCAGGUUCAUCGGCGGCUGCUGUGGGUAUGAGCCUUACCACAUCCGAGCUGUGGCAGAGGAGCUGGCCCCCGAGAGAGGAGUGAUGCCCCCCGGCUCAGACAAACAUGGCAUGUGGGGCGCUGGUCUGGAGAUGCACACCAAACCCUGGGUCAGAGCCAGGGCCCGCCGUGACUACUGGGAGCAUAUCUUGCCCGCAUCCGGUCGUCCCACUUGUGCGUCCCUGUCCACACCAGAGAGCUGGGGUGUGACCAAGGGCCACACUGACCUGCUGCAGCACAAAGAGGCCACCAGCACCCAGGAGAUGAAGCAUGUGCUGGAAAUGCAGAAGAAGGCCAAGUCCUCCGCAUGAGCGAGACAGAGCGAGAACGUCGUCGGUCAACAACAAAGAGAGUGAAGUCUUUCCCAGUUCAGUUUGGAGAUAAAAAGCACUUGUAACAGUCAUGCUCCAGCUGUGGAGUAUUACUAUGUGAACCCCUCAACAAUAAACACAUCAUUCUACAAA